GGUCUCGGUAGCUCAAUAGGCAAAGUGUUGGCUUUGUGACGCAGAGGCCCUCGGUUCGAUCCUUGAUCGAAGCGCGUCCGGUGAAUAAUUGGAAAACAGUUUUUCACCGUCCUUAAAAGCUACAAACUGAACGCAAAAAUAUCAAGAAGGAAGUAUGUUAAAAGAUAAGGGAGCAAAAAAGGAUUUGUGAUGGAGCAAAAUGAAAAAUGAUAAGGAGAGAUGAGAGGGAACAAACGGAACAAACAUAUGGGGAAAAAAAAGAAAAACAGAUGGAACUCGUAUGUGAAUAAGAGAGCGAAAUGGCUAUAUGGACCUGAUUGAGUCUGACAGCCAAAAACAUAAAAAGAAGAGAGGAGAGAGAAGGAACUGUCAUCGAAGUGUUGGCCACACUGCUUCCAUUUAACAGUGAAAAUGUAAACAAUCUUAGAGGUUAGGACAAACUUUCUUGCGAAAAUUCAUAAAAUUACCCUUAUUUCAUUUUUAUUCGUUAUAAAUCUACUUCAAAAAUACUUGUAAAAUGAGCUGACUGUGAUAAUGUCGAAAAAAGUUAAAAACAAAGCCAAGAAAUAUCAAGCUGCUGCAGAUUUCACAAUAAAUGACUGUGCAAACUCAGUAGUACCUGUUCUAGGGAAGAAAAAGCAGUCUGUAGAGUGCAAUAGCACCAAAAAGUUGGUGGAACUUGCAGAAAGAAAUGAAAGAGAAAUUCUGGAGAAUUCCAAUGAAAAUCUCCCGGAAAGUUGUGAAGCAACAGCUGAGAAAAUGCAGGAAAAUGUUGAAGAGACCUAUGCAGACUAUUGCAUUGAUGUGUGGUGGUUAAUUUCCGAACACAUAAUGCCGGAGGAUGUUCUGCGAUUUGCCUUGAUAUGCCAGAAGACGGCCUGUGUGGUGAGUAUGGCAAAAUUCUGGUCCCAUCUUUAUCGACGAUUCUACACAAGGACUGCAGAACUUCCAUCUCAGCUCCAGCCACGAUUGCUGGGGAAGCAAGAGGGUCUGAGAAAUGCAGUAAUUCGAUCAUUGUUCUACACAUAUCCUCCGUUUAAGGCAAGUCUGCCCCAGCGAACAAACAGAGAUCCUGUUUGCCUCGUUGGGAAGCGCCUGGAAUCAUCGUGGUUUUGCCAGAAGCCUGGAGAGAAGCGAAAAUGGACUUUCAUCUACACCUUCAGGCCACGGACGUACAAAGAGAAGCGGAAAAUUAGGCUCGAGGAGGGCAAAGGAUUGAAAAGUUUUCCAGCUGAAAAUAGUCAUUUUCUCUUGAUAUCCACUCGACAAUUUCGUCCCUUGCCUCAAUUCUAUGGUCACGAUGUCUUUCUGAAAGCCCUAACGCGUCCCCUGGCCACGGGAUUCUCAGAAUUGGCUCUGAAGCUAACUUUUGAGGAUUACAAGAGGAACACCGUGCAGACAAUCACGUACGAAGGCGCCGUAUUUGUCCAAGUUAUCGACUGGUUCUCUCCCCUCUAUGAGACGGUUAUUCUGAAACUCUGUGAUUUUUCCACCGGUGAUUCAAGUGACAACAGAUUCUUCGAUGACUAGCACCUGGGAAGGUGAUUUUGAAGAAGGUGUAUAAAAGCUGAUAAAACCUUA